AGGACCAAAAAGAGCGGAGUCAAAUACUAGCGACCCCGGGUCAAGCCUGAUCCCAUCCACACUAAUUGAUCUGUUUUGGUGGAAUCUGAGAACUUUGCUCGCGUGUUUCCCUUCUCACCACGGUAACCGCCUACGUAACAAUACCCUCCCAGUCCGCACCUGCGUGCCUACAGUGAGGAGGACGUAUUUCUGCUCACCUAAGACUUACAUCAGAAAAACCGUCAAGCAGAAAAGCACUGGACCUUAUGCCAUUGCCUACAACCUUCACCGUAAAGACAUGUAGCUGUCUGUUGGGAGGAAACUUUCUUUUUGAUCAAAGUAAACACGCACAGGCAUGUCGAGGAAGUCUACGACGUCCGCGGGUGAGAUGGGGGACCGGAACGCCAACAUUUCCAUGGGGAAUAUCUCCGUUCACCCCCAGUCGGCCUCCUCGAUACGAUCGAAGCGGACGCUGCCGGCCCCUCCGCCCCGUGCCAGGCCGAGUCUGAGAGGAGCAAGACCUUCCCCGAGCCGAGGCAUCCAGUGCCCGGAAGGAUGGCACACGUUCCGCAUGGCUGCGGUAGACUUCUUCGGGAAGAUGCUGGAUGUCAUCAACACCAGUUUCAACAUCUUCAAGGCCAUCUUGACGAGGCUGCUCUUCAGCCUGCACGCCAUCAUCACCAUCUGGCGCACGGAGGAGAACACUCAGGAGCCGCUCUUCUGGCUCUUCUGUCUCCCGCUGUACUUCCUGCUGGUGGAGGGGGUCAUCACCAUCAAGAAGAGGAAGGGUUUGGAGUGGAAAUGGUAA